AUGGCAGACGAUGAAGUUGAUGAAGUUGAUGAAUUAAGCAAGCUCUUCCAAUUAGCAACAAAUUUUGUUCGUUCAUCUACUAGUAAUUUUAAUCAAGACCAAUUACUCUACUUAUAUGCACGAUUUAAGCAGGCAAAUGAAGGACCCUGCAAUUCUCCUAAACCAGGGAUGUUUGAUUUCCAAGGGAAGAAAAAAUGGGAGGCAUGGAAAAGCUUGGGAAACAAAAAUAAAGAAGAAGCAAAGAGGGAAUACAUAUCAAAAGUUAAGACAGUGGUACCAGGAUGGGAUUUGGCAGAUAAGAAACAGCAGGGUGAUGGAUGGGUAGCUGUCAGCACAAUGUCCAAUACAGAAUCUGUGAUAAAAGAUGAGAACAAAACAGCUUUUGAUUGGUGCAAGGAGGGUGACACUGCUCAUCUUCUUCAGUAUCUGAAGAAGUCUAAAACUGAUGUUAAUAAUCAAGAUGAAAAUGGAAUGACCCUUCUGCACUGGACAUGUGAUAGAGGAAAUCUGGAUAUGUUGAAUGCACUUCUUGGGCUUGAUGCUGAUCCAAAUAUACAGGACAGUGAUGGACAGAGUGCACUUCAUUAUGCUGUUAGUUGUGAGCACCAGGAGAUUGUGGAGAGACUGCUGAAGACUAAGGUCAGUCUGGAGUUACAGGACGGGGAUGGCCUUACAGUGAAGGACAUAGAGACCAACUCAAGGAUCAAGCAACUGUUAAACAAAUGUGGAACUUGAUUAUGUAUGUGUGAGCAAUUCUUGAAUGUUAACCAGAAUGUGGAGAGAGGUUUCUAGUAUACUAGAGAAUUUAAGCCUAAGAACUCUAUUUAUUACAGGUAAACUUCGGUAUCUUGACAUCGGAUAUGU